AUGGAGAGUACGAGCGUGAUGCACCAGAUCAACGAGUUGACGUCUGAGCUGGAUGUUCAACUCAGCAUGGAGAAGCGAUCUUCGAAUACAGAGCACCGUCUCAUUGAAAACGAGACAGAGGAGAAAGACGAGAUCGACGCCGUGGUCGUGAAGCAACUGAAGAGACUGAGGUCUGCCAUGGACGCGAUCAAUGCCGGCAGGUGUAUGGAAGUGAUGAGCUCAAUUUCUAUCCGAGAGACUUCGAUGAAUUUCACUAUUGCAUCCGAGAAGGAGGUUGAGAACGAACAGACGUUGGCAUCGGCAAGGCAUGAGGAUAUCUUCGAAUCGGAGAUAGAGUGGGAUCCAGAAGAGUUAGCCCCCGGUUACACAGAACCGGCUUACGUGCGAUAUAAGACCAUGAACAAGAAGUCAAGGAGAGUUUCGAUCCACUCAGAUGGAGUGCUGUGCGUUGCGAACAUUCAUGAUGCAAUUGAGAAGUUCACGUCGAUGCCGGUGCUGAGAAAGGAGGUGGAGAACGUUGAGGCUUGGUUCCGAGGGGAGGAGAUGGACAGGGCAGAGCAACGAGUGCAAAGCGCAGCAUCAGGCUCAAUGAGGGAGGCGGAGGAUCUUUCAACAGAGCAGGGGGAACAAGGCGAAAUUUGUGAAGUGGAGGUUGACAACACAGAGAUGGAGCCCAUCUCCAUGAGUCUGGAGGAAAGGAUCGAGACGCUGAAAUCCUCCACCGCCUGCACAGCUCGACGCGUCGACGAAUUUUGUUUGCGGGGAAUCGCGCGGAAGCUUCACGUGCGGAGCUUUAAGAGGGGGUCGACGAUAGCCAAGAAGGGAAGUGAGGGAGACAAGAUGUUCUGGGUGGCGUCGGGAUGCUGCACGUGCGUGCUAGACGGAUCGGUAGGAGUGCAGGAGGAGGAGGAGGAAGUGACGUAUCAGUAG